AUGCAUAAAAAUGGUUCAGUAGAAGAAGCGGAAAACAAUGUUGAAAUUGAAGAAAUAGAGGAGACAAAAAGCAAUAGUGAACAGACUAUCUCACGAGGUGGUUUCUCUGGAGCCGAUUGUCAAGAAGCUGCCUUUGAUGUUAAUUAUGUACCUUCUAAAGAACGUAUUAAUGCGCUUAAGAACAAUGCUGAAGAGGUGUAUUUGAAACUUAUUGAUCAAGUGAAAGAUACUCGUAUCACACAUCUAUUACGUCAAACUGAUACAUAUUUGGAAUCUUUGACGCAAGCUGUCGUUGAUCAGCAAAAUUAUCAUCGUCGCUUGAAUAAAGGUAAAGGUAAAUUAGUAGAUUCUACCGAUCAUACGGACGUUAAAAAGAUAGAUUAUUAUGCUGUUGCGCAUCGAAUUCAAGAGAAUGUUGAACAGCCGAAUAUUCUCAUUGGUGGCUUGUUAAAAGAUUACCAGAUAAAAGGUCUCCAAUGGAUGGUGUCGUUGUACAACAAUCAUUUGAACGGCAUUUUGGCUGAUGAAAUGGGUCUGGAAAAAACUAUUCAAACUAUUUCGCUAAUUAUGUACCUCAUUGAAAAGAAAAAACAGAAUGGUCCAUUUCUGACUAUUGUUCCAUUAUCUACUAUGACUAAUUGGCAAAUGGGAUUCGAAAAAUGGUCUCUGAAAGAUUAUGUGAAUAUAAAGGCACACCGACUGAACGAAAGCCCUUACAAAGAAAAUAUUUACGUUGCCUGGAUUUUUAUGCCAUCGUAUGAAGAAUGUCAUUCAAGACUUUCUUUAGUUUUAAGUAAAGAAUAUAAUUUUAGAUAUCGACUUAAACUUACAGGAACUCCAUUAAGAAUGGUUAAUACACCAUUUGCGAAUGCUGGUGGUCAAGACAAAAUUGCCUUAAAUGAAGAAGAAUCUUGUGUUAAGACCUUUUCUCCUUCACAUUUAAAAAAGGAUAUUGAAUCCGAAUUUCCAGAUAAAGUUGAACGUGUUAUCGAAAUGACCGCUAUAAUGGAUAUCAUGGAAGAUUAUCUUAACUGGCGUCACUACAGGUUCCUUCGGUUGGAUGGUAACAUCAAGGCUGAAGAACGAACAAGGCUUUUAAAAGAUUUAAUGCACUGUAUUUUAUUUUUCUUCUCAGCACACGUGUUGGAGGAUGUUGGAGGACUUGAAUUGAAUUUGCAAUCUGUUGAUAUUGUAAUUAUUUUUGAUUCAGAUUGGAAUCUGCAUCAAGAUCUUCAAGUACAAGACAGAGUCCAUCGCAUUGGACAAACAAAUGAAGUUCGAAUUCUACGAUUGAUAAGUCAAAAUUCUAUCGAAGAGACUGUCCUUGCUAGAACUCAAUAUAAACUUGAUAUUGAUGGGAAAGUCAUCCAAGCUGGAAAAUUUGAUCAAAAGAGUACUCCCCAAGCCUAUUUAUUUAUUCUAAAAAAAAAACUUGUACUUGAAAAUAAAAAACUUUCAAAAAUGAAUAAGGAUAGUCUUGAACAAAUUAAAAAUCUUUUAAAUCAAGUGAAUUAUUUAGCAGGGACUAUUCGAAAUCAAUCAAAAGAAAAAAUUUAA